GCUCCCGAGGAGACCGGUCACCAUGGUUACCGCAUUGACGGGCUGCACCAGUCGGGAGCGAUGGUCAUGUGCUGAGCAGAAGGGUUGAAAGUGUCCUAAAUCGUCUAUGAGCUUGGUGGCUGACUGGGUGUGAAAUAGUGGCUGGGCAUUAUAGCAGUCCGCAAAGGACCGGAUUUCCAGAAAUAAUGGCUUUACCUGUGUUUGAAAAUGAUGAAUAUAAGCCUCCAGUUUGGAAAUCUUACUAUUAUCUGAAGACUUCUGAAAUCUUAAAGUCUUGGUAGCUCAAUAGCUGUAGUGAUACCACACUCGACUUCCAACCAGAAGGUCACGAGUUCAAGUCACAGAACUGCCUCUCACUGGAACUCACUUGCCUCAGUUGGUGUAUCAGUUACAACAGGAAGCUCCUAAUCCAAGGAGGAUUACGUGCACAUGUGAGGUGGAGAACAGACCCAAGUACUAUGGAAGAGAGUUUCAUGGAAUGAUUUCACGGGAGGCAGCAGAUCAGCUGCUAAGUGUAGCAGAAGGCAGUUAUAUUAUUCGGGAAAGCCAACGUCAGUCUGGUACCUACACCCUGGCACUGCGGUUUGGAACUCAGACCAGAAAUUUUCGUCUGUAUUAUGAUGGGAAACACUUUGUUGGAGAAAAACGGUUUGAGUCGAUCCAUGACCUGGUAACAGACGGAUUAAUUACAUUAUACAUUGAGACUAAGGCUGCAGAAUACAUUGCCAAGAUGACGAUUAACCCAAUCUAUGAACACAUAGGCUAUACAACUUUAAACCGAGAGCCGACCAACACAAAAUGUCUUCCAGCUCUUAGGGACAUACAAGCAGAGCCCCAGUGUGCUGAAGAUGGUGCCACUCCAGAGGAAAGGUUGACUUCACUUGUUCGAAGAGCCACUCUGAAGGAAAAUGAACGGAUUCCAAAAUAUGAAAAAGUACAUAAUUUUAAGGUUCACACAUUCCGAGGGCCUCAUUGGUGUGAGUACUGUGCCAAUUUUAUGUGGGGUCUGAUUGCUCAAGGCGUGAAAUGUGCAGAUUGUGGUUUGAAUGUACAUAAGCAAUGUUCCAAGAUGGUUCCAAAUGAUUGCAAACCAGACUUGAAGCAUGUGAAAAAGGUCUACAGCUGUGAUCUAACAACAUUAGUUAAAGCACAUAACACAAAACGACCAAUGGUGGUGGAUAUGUGCAUAAGAGAAAUUGAAAACAGAGGUCUAAUGUCUGAAGGUUUGUACAGAGUAUCAGGGUUUAGCGAUCUAAUUGAAGAUGUCAAACUGGCAUUUGACAGAGAUGGUGAGAAAGCAGAUAUUUCAGUAAAUAUUUAUGAAGAUAUAAAUAUAAUCACAGGUGCACUUAAACUGUACUUCAGAGAUUUGCCCAUUCCACUUAUCACAUAUGAUGCCUACCCAAAAUUUAUUGAAGCUGCACAGAUUCCAGAACCUGAUGAGCGAUUGGAGUCAGUUCAUGAAGCAUUGAAAAUGUUACCACCUGCACACUGUGAAACCCUGAGGUACCUUAUGGCUCAUUUAAAAAGGGUAACUCUACAUGAGAAAGACAAUCUGAUGAAUGCAGAGAAUCUGGGAAUUGUGUUUGGACCAACUCUGAUGCGAGCUCCAGAACAGGAUCCCAUGGCAGCCUUAAAUGACAUACGUUAUCAAAGACUGUUGGUUGAGAUGCUCAUCCAAAAUGAAGAUAUUUUAUUUUGAAACUGUUAGGAGGGUAAUUUUAAAAAAUGGUAGGAAGAAUGAGUCAAAUUAUUUUAUCUGGUUAAUUGUUUCAGUGAGCGGGUUGAAAUGACAGCUAUUCUUUGUACUUUUUUAUAGUAUACUUAACUCAGACAUACAGUAAUGCAAUUUGGAGAACAAAAACUUCCAUGUUUGACUUGUGUUCUUUCAUAUAAAUUAAAGCUGCUGCACGUACUCGUCGGAAAUCUGUGAUGAAAAUCAGAAAAUGUUGCUUUUUUUUAAAUCAUAUUUUAAGUGAAUUUGACCCAUGUUUGUAAAAUUGUGAGAUUUGUCAAAUUAUUUAACUACACUUGUAUUUUAGCAGUUUAUAAUUAUGAACUAAGGAUAAAUCUACAAUAGCAGAUUUCAGAAUAUAAUAUUGAUAUUGCAUUUGGUGACACGUUCCAGUGUUUAUUUCUGCAUUUUGAACUAUAAUGUAGUUUGUCAGGGUUGUGUAAAUUGUGCUUAUGGAUCUCUUUCUAUUUGAAACAAAACGCUUUGUAUAAUAUUUCCAUACAAACUGCAUAAUCAGUAUCAGUUCCAGUUGAAACACAAAACAAUCACUAGUUGAUUCCUCAUGUAACUUUUGGGGCUUUUUUAAAAAUUUGGCAUGCAAACAUUAUUUAUUAACAUUUACAUCUACAAUGUAUAUUUUAGAGUAAAACUUACAUUGGUUAGAUAUUCAGUGAAAGUAGCAAUUUACGUGAAAUUACUAAAUAGUUAUUUAAUUGCUAUGAUUUCAAACUAUGGAAUCGUAGAGUCAGAGAGUUAUACAGCAUGGAAACAGACCCUUCGGUCCAAUUAGUCCAUGCGAACCAAAUGUUCUAAACUGAUCUAGCCCCAUUUUCUUGCAUUUGGCCCAUAUCCCUCCAUCAUUCAAAUACCCAUCCAGUGGUCUUUUAAAUGUUGUAGCUGUAUCCGCCUCCUCCACCUUCUCUGGCAACUCAUUCCAUACGUCCACCACACCCUGUGGAGAAAGUUGCCCCACAGGUCCCUUUUAAAUCUUUCCAUUCUCACCUUAAACCCUCUAGUUUUGGACUCUCCUACCCUGGGACAAAGACCUUGGCCAAUCACUUUAUCCAUGCUCCUCAUGAUUUUAUAAGCCUCUGAGGUCACCCCUCAGCCUCCAACACUUUAGGAAAGAAAGCCCCAGAUUAUUCAACAUUUUCCUGUAGCUCAAAUCCUCCAUCCAUGACAAUAUCCUUGUAAAUCUUUCCCAAACCCUUUCAAGUUUAACAAUGUCUUUCCAGGGCAGGGAGAUUAGAAUUGAAUGUAGUAUUCUAAAAGUGGUCUAACUGAUAUCCUGUACAGCUGCAACAUCGCAUCCCAUGUCCUAUACUCAAUGCACUAACUAGUGAAGACCCACAUGCCAAACGCCGCCUUCACCACCCCUGUCUGCCAUGAUUCCACUUUCAAAGAACUAUGCAGUUGCACCCUUAGGUCGCUUUGUUCUGCAAUGCUCCCCAAGGCCCUACCAUCAUGUGAAUACUUACUACCCUGAUUUGCCUUACCAAAAUGCAACAUCAUACAUUUAUCUAUAUUAAACUCCAUUUGCCAUUCCUCAGUCCAUUGGCCCAUCUGAUCAAGGUCCCGUUGUACUUUGAGACAGCCUUCUCUGUGCACAACGUCCCCACUGUUGGUGUCAUCUACAAACUUACUAACCAUACACCCCGUAUUCAUGCUAAAAUCAUUUAUAUAAAUGAGGAAAUGCAGUAUGCAUAAGUUAUUGGAUGAUAAUGGACAUUGAUGGCAUUUGAAAACUAUUGAAUGGAGGGAGAACUAGCCCAUGGCAGUGCAUGUUUAUUUAUUGAUGAAUUAAAGACAAGGUCAAGGAAUAUGCCAGCUUCCGAGUACAAUGCUCAUUUGUGUAGGUGAAUAAUAUAUAUACAUAAUGUUACAUUCUAAAUUACUUAUGCUCUGAAAACAUGUUUGCAAUGACUUAGAUUAAAUUCACUUUUAAAGAAGUAUUUUGCCUAGGUCAAUGAAAAUUAUAUAAGUCCAAUGGAAAUAUAUUUCCCUUCUUUAAAUUUAUACUUUCUAUUAUUUCUUUGGUCAUUUUACUAUACAGCCACACUUCUACUGUUAAUUUUAACAAUAAAUAUCCCAAAGAAUCACCCAAAAAACAAAAUGUCCAUUCACUUGGAGUGUAGACAAUUGGACAAAGUGCUAUCAAUAGAGGAAUAAAUUAGAUGCACUAAUUAUUUAAUAUUAUGGAGAAAAAAGAACUUUUUAUACCUCUAUAGAAAUGUAUUAGUAGCAGUUAAAUUCAACAUGUAGCAUUAUAAAAAUAUUUUGAAGUAAUACUGUUGAAUCUAGGUGCAAGCAAUAUUCAGAUGGGCUUUAGUUUUAUAUUAAGUGGAAAAUAGAUUUUUAAUGCAAGGUAAUUAAUUGCAGUCAUGAGCCAUGACUAGUUUUUGAAUUUUUGUGUAAAACAUAAUUUAUUUGCAUCAUUAUGGUUUGGUCUCAGGAUUAAGUAUUUGUUUCAAAAACCAUUUUGCUACUUUGACAUAUAUAUUUGAUUGCCAGCUGUAUCUGUGAGAUGAAAAGCUAUUUGAAUCUAAUGUAAGUGCGAGCACCUAAUGUGGUUAUGUACGGAGCACUCUUUAAAUUCUUUUGUUUACUUGUAUCUUUAAAGGGCUUUGAAUGGCAAGUAUGAUUUGAUAUCCUUUUAGUCAGUUAAAGCUGUCAGAAAUCGUGGCAUGUCAGAGGUUCCACAAAAUAUCAUAUAAGAUUAAUCAAGAAACAUGGUUAAGGGUUUUUUUUGUUGAAGAUCAGUGAACUUGAAGUCGUUUGAUGCUUUUACUGUUCCAAAGGAGCAGAAUACUAUAAUAAACGCAAAGUACUACAGAUGCUGGAAAUCUGAAAUAAAAUCAGAAAAGUACAGUUACAAAAUUUAAUCGACAUUUUAAUAGGUACAUGAAUAGAACAGGUUUAGAGGGAUAUGGGCCAAAUGCAGGCAAGUGGGACUAGUUUAGUUUGAAAAACUUGGUCAACAUGGAAGAGUUGGACCAAAGGUCUGUUUCCGUAAGGUCUGACAGCAUCUACAGAGAGAGAAACAAGAGUUAAUGUUCCAAAUAAAAACCGAAAGAACUGCAGAUGCUGUAAAUCAGGAACAAAAGCAAUAUUGCUGGAAAAACUCAGCAGGCCUGGCAGCAUCUGUGAAGAAAAAAUAGGAAACGUUUCGGGUCCAGUGACCCCCUCUCAAAACAGUUCUGAGGAAGGGUCACCAGACCCGAAACAUUAACUCUGUUUUUCUCUUCACUGACCUGCUGAGCUUUUUCAGUGACUUAGUUAAUGUUUUGAGUUUGAUAUAAAUCUUCGUCAGAGCAGAGUACUCUGCUAGUUACUAGCUUAGAAACAGGUCUGAAAAAUGUUACAGGUAGCAAGAGAAAAUUGGCGAUAGAAUAAUGUAGCCAAAUAUUAGUUCCAGUGCUAAAACAGCAAGUAGUAGUUAAAAUCUUAAAGAUCUCCUGGAUAUUUAAGUUUUUACACUGGAGAUUUUCGUUGCAAAUGUUAAAUUAGCAGUCAGAAAUUGGUGAAAAGAGUAUGUUCAAAUGCACAAAUAUCCUUUUCAUUGAGCAAGUAUAACAUGACAGCCAGCAACAAGAGACUUCUGGCAAUGCAUAUUAUAAAAGUAUAAAUCUUAGGUAAUUAAAGAUAAUACAGCAACCUAUAAAGUAAAAUAAGAACAUUAAAAAAGUGGGAGCAGGAAUAGCCAAAUAACAAGUUUAUAGCUGAUCUGAUACCUAACGACAUCUUCCGUUAUGAUUCCUAUGUCUUUGAUUCCGUUGCUAUCUAAAAAUCUAUAGAUAUCCGACUUGAAUAGUCGACAACUCAGCAUCAAUAGCUCUCAUGGACCACAGUUUCAGGACCUUUUAAGUGAAGAAAUUCUUCUCAUCUGCGUUCUAAAUGGUCAACUCCUUAUCUGAGACUCUGGCCCAUAUUCUAGACUGCUCAGCCUGGGGAAAGUAUUCUCACAGUAUCUUACUUGACAAGUUCCUACAGAAUUUCAUGUUUCAAUUAAAUCAUGUUCUAACCUUCUAAAUUUUAGGGAAAUUGAGCCUGGUCUCUCUCUCUCGCUCUCGCUCUCGCUCUCGCUCUCUCUCUCUCUCUCUCUCUCUCUCUCUCUCAGUAGGAUAAUUCUGUCCUUGCAAGGACAGUGAACAUUUAUUGUAUACCUUCCGAUGCGGGUGGAUCCUUUGUAAACCGAAACGCCAUACAGUAUGCAUGGUGUGAGCCCCACAAAGUCUAAAGCAAUGUAUUGCAAUGUCUUCACUCUAAUACACUCAUCCCUUUGUAAUAUAGGUGAACAUGCCAUUUUCCUUAAUGCAUUGUUUCCAAAGAAAUCUCAUCACUCUGAAAUUAGUAUUUUCCAGUCCUUCAUGGUUUUAAAAAAUAUUCAGCUUUUCUAAUUUUUCGACCAAACUAACUUCAGAUUUCAUCCGAUUCUAUUUAAGUGCAUAUCUAAAUCAUUUUGCAGUCUCUUUGCAUCCUUCUCGCAGCAUAUAUUCCCACUUUUAGUCAUCAGCAAACUUGGAUACAUUACAUUCAGUCCCAUUAUCUCAGUCAUUAAUAUAGAUUGUAAAUUGCUGAGGCCUAAGUACUGAUCCUUGUGGAAACCCACCAGUCACAGCCUGAGAACCCAAAAAUGGUCCAAUUAUUCCUACAUUGUUUCUGUCUGUUAAUGUUAACCAUUCCUCAAUUCUAGCCAAUAUAUUACAUACUCUUAAGUUUGUAUAGCAAUCUAUUUUGUGGCAAUUUAUCAAAUACUUCCUGAAAAUUGGAAUAUACUACCUCCUUUAUCUACUAUAUUAGUUACAAAGUCAAACUUUCUCACAGGUUUUUUGAUUAAAUGUAGGUAAAUUGUUAAUGAGUCAAAUGUGAACAAUUCUAUGGAACCUAUUUUUCUAAUCAACCUGAUAUUACAUAACCUCUGGAGCAGGAGGGACUUGAAUCCAGGCCUCCCAAUCCAGGGGUGUGGGAAAGGUUUUGCCUUUCCUUUUUAAACAUGCUUGAUCAUGUCUUAGCGGCAGCAUUUAGAAACUUACUUUCUGUGUAUACAUACCAGUGACUGUUGGACCGAUGUUAUGUAAGAUGAUAAAACAGAAGUGAAGUUGCAUUGAACUAUAACUGGAGUGUUAUACUAUGUAAUAGUUGAUAUAUUAUUUAGAAAUGAAGGGAAAGUUUAGAUCUUGAUAUUACUCUCUCAAAUGAGCUGAAGGAAUGGAGAUGAGAAGGUAGAGCUGUAUUUAACCAAGAAGGUAUCUUCUUGGUCAGAAAAUCUGUUCUCACAGGGCACAUGAUCUAAAGAGACAUCUGAGGUGAUUCUUGCAGGAGGAGGUUAAAUCUGGAGAUUGACAAGCCUGCUGCUUUUUACGUCUUGAUGAGGCCAGUAGAAAUCACUGAGAAAUGACUGGCAUUUUUCCUCACACAUUUUAAUAAUUGUUUUGCCGGCAUUUUGUGUUUUAUCAUUGAUACUGAAACCAAUUAAUCCACGUGUGACAGAUGUGAGGGAAUAUAUAUCCUUUAUGGAUAUAUACACCUGUUCGUGGUUUUAAAAAAAAAUGCCUGCUUUAUAAAGGGAGAACAAUUUUACAACAUAACACACAUUGCUGCUACUAAGGUGGUGCUAUGUCCUAAGUGCUGUACUGUUUUUAAAAAUAUGUAUUAUUUCACUGGAUGUGGGCAUCACUAGCUAGAUCAACAUUUAGUUUCCAUCCCUAAUUACUUUUGAGAAGGUAUUGGUGAACCACUUGUCUAUGUGGUGUAGUUAUACCCACAAUGUUGAUAAGAAGGGAUUUCCAAGAUUUUAACACAGCAACACUGAAGGAAUGACAGUGCAGUUCUGGUCAGGCAGUUCGGAGGCUUGGAGGAAAAUUUGAAGAGGCAAAGCUUUCAUGCCACUGCUGCCCUUAUGCUUCUAGAUGGUAGAGGUCACAAGUUUGGAAGCUGCUGCCAUAGGAGCUUUGGUGAGAAAUCAUAGAACCAAUUUUUGGGGAAUUUCAAUCUGCUACAUUUUGAGCUUAAUUAGAUGAUCCUCUGAAUAGAUUGAAAGGUGAUUUUUAAAUUAGCAGCUCCUGGUUAGGUCAGAAUAACCGUCCAGUAUUCAGUAAACUAUUGCUCUUUCAUUUUUUUAAAAAAAGUAUCUGUAGUAGACUUUAAUAUUUGAAAUGUGAAAUUGUCAAAACUCAUUUUUAAAAUCCUAGUGGCUUUGUCACAUUGCUGCUCAGAGUAAAUGGAAUGUCAUGAAAUUUUAUAACAAUGGGGUUAUUAUUGUCAUAAUUCCCAAAAUAUUAUAGUGAAUGUACAUUUCAGUUGCAGCGUUCCUGUAAGUAAGCAUAAUUUAAUUGAUAGUCAAGAAAAUUUGAAAACUGAAACAUGCCAAUCAAUUUCAGUUUGCAGCUGAGUACCACCCUGCAAUUUACGAUUUUUUUGCAUCUGUAAGAUAGUGUAAGAUCUGGAUGGAAUGUGUUGUCUGCAUGUGCUGAUGUGCCACUUUUAAUAUAUUAUGGAUAGAUAUAGAAAAUGUUGAGAGUUGCUUGCAACUUUAUUAUCUGUAACUUCUUUGUGUUUUAUUUAUGACAUAUUAAUGUGAACUGCUUGACUACCAAAAUAAAUGUGGACGAUUGC